AUGUCUCCGGCGGCUGCGGCGGCUGGCGGAGGCGAGCGGCGGAGGCCGAUAGCGAGCGUCAGGGACGGCCGGAGCCGGGGCGGGGGCUGCGGCGGCCCUGCCGGGGCGGCGCUCCUCGGCCUGUCGCUGUUCGGCCUCGUGCUGUACCUGGUGCCGGCGGCGGCGGCGCUGGCCUGGCUGGCCGUGGGGGCCACCGCGGCCUGGUGGGGACUGAGCCGCGAGCCCCGCGGUUCGCGCGCCCUCUCCUCGCUCGUUCGGAACGCGCGGCGUCAGCGAACCCUGCACGCCUCGCCUCCAGCCAAGUCGGCGGUGAACGGAAAUCUCCUAGAGCCGAGGUCCCUGCUCGAAGGACCGGACCCCGCCGAACUGCUCCUCAUGGGCAGUUACCUGGGCAAGCCCGGCCCCCCGCAGCCUGCCCCCGCCCCGGAGGCCAGGGACCUGCUGGAGAGGCCUGGCCGCCGCCGCACUCCCGCCCGCGCCGCGCCGCCCGCGCCCUCGGCCCAUCGUGUGCACCACAUUUACCCCUCUCUCCCCACUCCUCUUCUCCGAUCCUCUAGGAGGCCUUCCCUCCGGGAUUGUGGGAGUUUAUCAAACCGGUUUGUGAUAACACCUCGAAGACGAUAUCCAAUCCAGCAGGCCCAGUAUUCCCUUCUGGGCGUACUUCCUACAGUGUGCUGGAAUGGUUAUCACAAGAAGGCUGUGCUGUCUCCUCGUAAUUCCAAAAUGGUGUGCAGCCCAGUGACAGUGAGGAUUGCUCCUCCGGAUAGUAAAUGGACUCGUUCGCCAAUACCAGAGCAGACAAUCAACUCAACACUGUCCUCACCAUCAAGUAAUGCCCCAGACCCAUGUGCAAAAGAGACUGUACUGAGUGCCCUCAAGGAGAGGAAGAAAAGGACAGUGGAGGAGGAAGACCAAAUAUUUUCUGAUAGCCAGGAAAAUAAAAGAAGGCGCCAUGAUAGCAGUGGGAGUGGACAUUCAGCAUUUGAGCCCCUGGUGGCCAAUGGAGUCCCUGCUUCUUUUGUGCCUAAUCUCACCGGCCUGGUAGCUCUUCCCCAGCACCGCCGUACCUUCACACAUGGGGGCCGCAUCUUCUCCAGCAUUUGCUGCUUGUCCCUGCUUUGGAAGAGGAGUGGCCCCAGCUCGUCGCCGUUCUCCAGCCCCGCCUCGUCCCGCUCCCAGACCCCCGAGAGGCCAGCAAAGAAAAUAAGAGAAGACGAGCUUUCUCAUCGCUCCAGUUCUUCAACCCCGUUGGCAACAGACAAGGAGGCCCCGGGAGAAAAGGCUGCAGAUACAAGCACGUGGAAGGCGCAGACCUCGUGCAGCUCCCCGCCCACACCUGGCAGCUCCGGGCGGCGCAGGCGGAGGGUCCAGUUGCUGCCGUCGCGGCGAGGGGCCCGGCUGACGCUGCCACCCCCUCCCCAGCUUGGCUACUCCAUCACUGCCGAAGACCUCGAUCUGGAAAAGAGAGCUUCGCUGCAGUGGUUUAACAAGGCCCUGGCAGACGGGACCGAUACUGCCUCGAGCUCUGUCGCCGAGAAGCCCCCUGCCACUCAGCCUUCUCUGACGUUUACCCUGCCCGCUGCUGGGACCACCGCCUCCCCAGCCACCCUCCCAGCCCCCUGCAGCAGCCCGCUGCUGGAGAGCUUGAAGAAGAUGCAGAGUUGUGCCGGCCUAUCAUCUGCCCCGGAAUCCACUGGAGUGGCAACCACUGUGGCCCCUUUGCCUCCGAAGACACCCAGCCUUCUGGCCCCUCUUGGCUCUUCACAGUCAGGGCCCCUUCCAGGCACUUCCUCGGACUCAAAAAAUGCAGCCCCUUUUUUGGGGCUGACCCCUGCUGCAUCCCCGACACCAGCCACUGACACCACCAGGUCACCUCCGGCUCCUCAGGCUGAGACAUCUGCCAAAUCCCCAGCCCCGGCUGCCCGGUCCCCCACCCCCAAGGAGAGUCUUCUGUUGGGAAUGCUGAGCACCCCACCUGCUGACCCCCCUGCGUCUACAGCCCCCGCUGUGUCUUCAGCAUCCCCCAUGUUCAAGCCCAUCUUUGUGGCCCCGCCAAAAAGCGAGAACGAGAGCCCCUUGCCGUCCAGCCCCUCCAAGGUCCCCACCACGACACCUUCCAGCUCCGCCCUCCCUGCACCUGCUAGCAGCCCUCAGCCCACCUUCAAGCCCGUCUUCGGCAGCAUGGGGCCCCCUACAUCUGCGCCCUUGUCCGCUCCCUUCCCCUUCGGUCAGACCGCUGCUCUAGCCACUGCCACGAGCAGUCCUCUCUUCGCCGGCCAGGCCACUGCCGCCUCAGCCGUGGCUCCCGUGGCUCCCGCGGCUCCCGCGAGCACGGCCAGCACGUCGGCGGACUCGGCUUCGAAGCCCACGUUCAGCUUUGGCGUGAGUGGCGUGACCAGCACCACCACCUCCGCUGCCGCGCCUUUCCUCUUCGGGGCGCCCCCGGCCUCCGGCGCCAGCUUUAGCCCGGCCGUGGGCUCCGUGUUCCAGUUCGGCAAGCCCCCUCCCGCCUUCGGCAGCGCCGCGCAGUCCGCUUUCGGCGGCUUGAAGCCCGCCGCCUCCGCCUUCGGCACCGCCGCCAGCACCCAGCCUGCCUUCGGCAGCGGCACGCCCGUGUUCUCCUUCGGGGCGGCCACCACCUCGGGCUUCGGAGCCACGACCCAGACCACCAGCAGCGGGACGAGCGGCUCCGUGUUCGGCGGCACGGCGCUGUCGCCCUUCACGUUUGGGGGAUCCGCCGGCGCGGCCGGCGGCGGGAGCUUUGGGAUCAACGUGGCCGCCCCCGGCACCUCCGGAGCGUUCCGCUUUGGCACGGGACAGAGUGGGAGCGCCGGCGGCACGACCCCUUUCGGAGGCGGCUUGAGUCAGAGCACGUUGGGCGCGCCCAGUCAGAGCACACCCUUUGCCUUCAAUGUGGCCGGCACGCCCGAGAGCAAACCUGUGUUCGGAGGCACCUCCACACCCACCUUUGGUCAGAACACCCCUGCCCCCGGGGUGGGCGCGUCAGGCAGUGGUCUCUCCUUUGGGGCAUCCUCAACACCCACCCAAGGCUUUGUUGGAGUCGGACCUUUCGGCUCGGCGGCCCCUUCCUUUUCCAUUGGUGCAGGAUCCAAGACCCCGGGGGCUCGGCAGCGACUGCAGGCCCGCAGGCAGCACGCCCGCAAGAAAUAGCCUUUGGCCCCCUUCCGUCCCCGCCACUCCUUGCCCAAAUGUGGACCUCAGCACCUGCUAGGAAGAGCCUCUGACCCUUCUAGUUCCAUAGAGCAACCACCCCCCGCCCCCAUCUCUGGCUUCCGCCAGCGGGGAGGCAGCGGCAGCCCUGGUGGCCGGUCCCGCUCCUCGAGGAAGCAGCCUCGGGCCUGGGGGCAGGGGCGGCAGCGUUCCCUGUACUUGAACAGCUCCGCGGUGAGGCUGGAGAGCGCGAGAACAUCUGUACAUAUGGUCCCCUCCCUCCCUGACUCCUGUGUGGUGUGUUCCCGCCGCUCCCCGCAAGAGCCGGCUUGGCGGGGGGAGGGGGUGUCGCAGGCACAGCCCUCGCCCUUGUCGCCGCUGGGGACGGGAGUCGGGGAGCUGGGUCAGCCCCACAGCUUUACCUUGCUUGGCUUGCCUAUAAGAAGUGGUUCUCCCCGGGGCCCGUUAGGGGACCCUGCUUCCCCAUCUCUUGCUGCUUUGUCCCUCACCGGUUCCUUGCAGGAUCCACUCCUUUUUAAGUGGCCCCGAAUUUCGCUUUGCCUUGGAGACCCCAGUGGGUGCUGCUCCUGCCAAGUCCGAGUCAAUGUUUUGUCCCCCGCCCUCUGCCAGUUUGGCCCCUAAAAGCUUGGUGGCUCAAGACUGUUAGCCUGGCAGCUGCAGGGGGGGGAAGCGCCCGGAGCAGGCAGGACGUCCCCCCACUGUUCAGCUGCCUCCUCGCCCGCCUCGUGCCGCGCCCCCCC